AAAGCAGAAGUGACUUUUUCUCGACGCCCAUUUUUGGAUAACGCCAAGGUUAUAUAGAAGUAUUAGUACCACUGAGUAAUACAUUCUUUUGCGAAACAUUUCGUACGCACUGUUUUUGCGGCAUAUUCAAAUAUAGCAAUAAUUUAUCAGAGGAAAUAUUAAAUCUACGCAAGGACAUCAAGGGGAAGAAGGUGCUGGUGCGCGUAGAUUUCAACGUACCAAUUGAAAAUGGAAUAAUAAAGGACACGAACAGAAUAACGGCAACCCUGCCGACUAUUCACCAUUUGAAGAAGGAAGGAGCGUCUAAGAUUAUCCUCAUUUCUCAUUGCGGAAGGCCCGACGGAACGAAGAAUUUGAAGUACACCUUAAAGCCCGUUGCAGAAACGUUGAAGCAGUUACUCGGGGAGGAAGUGCUUUUCCUAAACGACUGUGUAGGGGAUGACGUAGAGAAACAGAUAAACCAAGCCAAAGACAAUUCAGUCAUUCUGCUUGAAAAUCUAAGAUUCCAUGUGGAAGAAGAAGGAAAAGGAGUAGAUGCAGCUGGAAAUAAAAUAAAGGCAAAUAAAGAAGACGUAGAAAAGUUCCAAAGUCAGUUAACCAAAUUAGGAGACAUUUUUAUUAAUGACGCUUUUGGAACAGCUCACCGAGCGCAUAGCAGUAUGGUUGGAAUAAAAUUGAAUGUAAAAGCAUCUGGUUUUUUGAUGAAAAAAGAAUUGGAGUAUUUUAGUAAAGCUUUGGAAAAUCCACAGAGACCUCUACUAGCCAUUUUAGGUGGAGCAAAAGUAUCAGACAAAAUUCAGCUAAUAAAAAAUCUUCUAGACAAAGUGGAUAGAAUGAUAAUUGGUGGUGGAAUGGCUUACACUUUUAAAUACGUCUUGAAUAAUAUGAAAAUUGGAGAUUCCCUUUUUGAUGAAGCUGGUAGCAAAAUUGUGAAUGAAAUUAUGGAGAAGGCAAAAGCGAAAAAUGUACAAAUUUACCUCCCUGUAGAUUUUAAAGUAGCUGACAAAUUUGACAAUAAUGCGAACACGAAAAUUGUCACGGAGAAGGAAGGUAUUGAAGACCACUGGAUGGGACUUGAUGCUGGACCUAAAAGUAUCGAAAAUUAUAAAGACGUCAUUUUAAGCUCCAAAACGAUUAUUUGGAAUGGACCUCAGGGGGUAUUUGAGAUGCCCAAUUUUGCCAAGGGUAGUAUUGAGUGCCUAAAAUUGGUUAUUGAAGCUACGAAGAAGGGGGCCAUAACCAUCGUCGGUGGAGGAGAUACGGCUUCUCUAGUAGAACAACAACAGAAGAAGAGCGAAAUUAGCCACGUGUCCACCGGUGGAGGGGCUUCCCUUGAGCUACUAGAAGGGAAGGAGCUUCCAGGUGUGUUGGCCUUGUCGAACAAG